GAGUGCGACUCUGCGUUAAUUUUUGACAACUGCUGGCAGAACGACCAUCUUUCUCCUUCGGUACGGAAUUUAGUGCGUGUGGUGAAGGUAGAUUUUGGGCACGAAAAAACUCGAUUUUCAACAAUUAAAUUGCUUCAAAAUGCUUUCGAGAGCAGCACUUUUGGCCGCCGCCAAGAAGCCCGCAGGCCUGAUCCUGGCCCGUGGAUCUGCCUCUGCUACUGAUGGCAACCGUCCGGUGCGAGCGGAACACCCCGGCAAAGUUCGCAUGGGCUUCCUGCCCGAGGAAUGGUUCACCUUCUUCUACAACAAAACGGGAGUCACUGGACCGUACGUCUUCGGCGCCGGCUUGCUGACCUAUCUGUGCUCCAAGGAGAUCUACGUCAUGGAGCACGAAUACUACAACGGUCUGUCUUUGGCCAUCAUGGUCAUCUACGCCGUUAAGAAGUUUGGACCGGCUGUGGCUGCCUAUUGCGACAAGGAAAUCGAUAGAAUUGAAGGCGAAUGGAAGGCCGACCGCGAAAACAACAUCCAACAGCUGGCCCAGGCCAUGGAGGACGAAAAGAAGGAACAGUGGCGUGCCGAGGGCCAGACCCUGCUGAUGGAGGCCAAGAAGGAGAACGUUGCCCUCCAGCUGGAGGCUGCCUAUCGUGAACGCGCCAUGACCGUUUACCGUGAGGUCAAGAAGCGUCUGGACUACCAGGUUGAGCGCCAGAAUGUCGAUCGUCGCAUCUCGCAGAAGCAUAUGGUCGAUUGGAUUGUGAAAAAUGUUGUAAAGUCCAUCACCCCGGAGCAGGAGAAGGAAACUCUGAGCCGAUGCAUUGCCGAUUUGGGAGCCAUUGCCGCCCGCGCCAAGUAAAUGUGUAAUAUGUGGAUCAAUGACCGGGCGUCGGUAUUCAGACCUUGUAGAGCGAAGUAAGUAUUCGUUUUCUGAAAAGUUCGACGGGAAAGAUUUGGGAGUAAACAAUAAAUUGAAUACUUUUAUCAAGUUAGCGCGAUA